GACCCGGAAGUUUAGCUUGUAGCAGUCUUGCAGCUGCGGCAGCGUAAUGGCUGAAGGAUGGAAAUAGUCUCUGGGCUUGCGUCCUUUGCCCUGGCAAAGUUCCUCUUUCUUUCGCGGCUAUCAAUUAAAGAAGAUGCGGAGAAAAUCAGAAAAAUGGAAGAGAAAUCGCUAGAAGUCUAUGACAUUAUUCGUACGAUUCGUGAUCCAGAAAAGCCGAACACCCUGGAAGAACUGGACGUGGUUACUGAAGAAUGUGUAGAAGUGAAGUUGCUAGCUGAUGAUGAAUAUCUCAUCAUUAUUCGAUUCACACCAACAGUUCCUCACUGCUCUCUAGCUACUCUGAUCGGUCUCUGUCUACGAGUCAAGUUGCAACGAUGUUUACCUUUCAAACACAAGUUGGAAAUCUACAUCUCUGAAGGGUCACACUCCACGGAGGAAGAUAUUAACAAGCAGAUUAACGACAAGGAGCGAGUGGCAGCUGCAAUGGAGAACCCAAAUUUGCGGGAGAUAGUGGAGCAGUGUGUUCUGGAGCCCGAUGAUUAACAACUGCCAGGCUCGCUGGGGAAAGGACUCAUAGGCAGCCUGCAGUUCACCAGGCCUGCCAGUACAAGGACUGUCCACCGGGGGCUCCACUCUCUGCAACAAACUAUAAUGCACUGGCAAUCAUUUAAAAACAUCUUUGUUUUGUAUUCAUGUUAUGUGAUGAGAUUUCCAUAUUAUUUCUAUUGUUUUACAUUGAGAAAUUCAUGCAAAACAAGAGUCUCCUUUGAUAUAUGUGGAAGUGAAUGCAUCAGAAUAUUGCUCCAAUGCAAAUUGAGUGUUCAAUUAUUAAAUCAGUAUUUUUAUAGAAUACAAGAGAUAACACUGAAGAAUGUCAGCCACUGAGCUGAAUUGUUGUGAUCCCCGGCCAUGGGAGAGGAAAGGUAUCGGACCCCUUUGGUCCCAUCAUACCCAAUCAAAAGGGAACGCAGUCUCAGACACUUCUUACAAAGCUGUAUGGUGGUUGAAAGAAAAUUUAAAAAUGCUAAAAGUGUUCAGCAGGUUAGGCAGCAUCUGUGGAGAGAGAAAUAGUUAAUGUUUCAGAUAGCUGACCUCUCAUCGGAACCUGCUGACUAUUUCUCAGCAUCCCAAUUUCAGAUCUGCAGUGUUUUAUAGGCUCUAUGGAGUGAUGUGAAAGGAUUGCAUGUGAAUAUUAACAUUGUAUAUUUAUGAGAUUUGAUUCCUCAGAGGCCUGGGUCCAGCCACUGUAUCCAACGUUAUGGGAACAGACUAUAUAUACUAUAUAUCACUGUAUAUACUAUAUAUCACUGUAUACACUAUAUAUACUAUAUAUCACUGGCCUAAGUGCUCUGUGAGCCAUCUUCCUGGUUCCAAUUCAUGGUACCCCUCAGGGUCUCCCAGUGCUAGGGGAACAGCUAGCUGUUGACAAGGAAUGGUUAAUUUCCCAACCUUCAAUGAUAUAGGCAGUGACAUUACCAGAGAACAAAUAUAAAGCUUGAUACCAAAUGAUGGCAUCGAAGCAUACCUGAACACAAGGUCAUUUUGCAUCUUAAAGCCCACACGUUGUGCUUGCAAUACAGAAGUGGCCAAAUAUCACGUGGAUGCUGAUAUUUGAGAGGUGCAUUUCCACAGAUGCCAUGAUUGGGCCCAGGUCUGUCAACAGGGGCCACUGGAUAGCAAUCAAAAACAGAGAUUGAGGACUUUACCCCUCAAUCCAGGGGCAAUGAUACCAAUGGUCCUCCCCCAACAGGAACUGGGACCUCCCAGUCUUCAUGACUUGCUCGUACUGACCGAGUUACAUGGCUGAGAUGCUUCAAACUGAAAGGGCUUCUCCCCACCAGGUUAGCACACACUCAGGUGGUGUUUGUAACUUCAGCAAUUAGUGGAACUGAACUUCCUGCCAUCCCAGUACAUUGUCCUGCUUCCCCUUUUUAAACUUGCGUUUCAACUUUUGUCAUUGAACAGUAGAUGAAGCCCCACUUGGUGCAGAACUGCACCCUCGUGUAUCCAGCAUUCCCAUCAAUACCUGUUGACUGUUUGUCUCAACUAUCCUGUGUAUGGCUGUCAGUUCUAUAUUUUUGUAGGUCUGAGCAUUCAGUUUUGAAUGGUUUACCUGCAGGGGUUCCUAUCAAUUUGGGAUUAAAGAUGCUUUGCACUGAGCCAUGGUUUCAAUGUAAUUACAUUGGGAGUAUUUUCCAACUCAAUAACUUCCAAGAUGUCACAUCUGCUUAUUUUACAUUGAGUUUCUAAAUCCUACUUACUGAAGGGAUUGCAAACCCAUGUCUCACUGUUCUGUGGUGCCAUUUAAUAAAACAGCCCGAUCUUCUUACUUUACUACACCUACCAUGUGGAGCUCAGUAUCCAUAUCAGUCUGGUAUAUUCAACAAUCACCCACAGCCCCGGAGGCUGGAGAAUUCCAAGGAUUCCAAGACAUUUCUCAUCCUGACUUCUAGCCAGAAAUAAACAUUGUACCCGCACUUUCGCAGUCUUUCUGCAACCAAGAUACUUUAUCUUCAUUGUUCCUUCAUUUGUUCUCUCCAUCUAAUUCUUGGUCAUUAAUGACUCCUCUCUAUCCCAACACUUGAACCCAAAUAUCAUCAACACAUUUCCUUUCAUACAAAGAAUGAUUUGUGCCCAGAAUUCACUCCCUCACAACCUACAUUUAUUUGCAUUUGUACAUGUAAACACCUCAAUGCCCGCCAAUAAAAUUCGAUCCCAAUUCAUGCAAGGAGAACAUUUGGAGCAGAUGCCCAGAAGCUUGUUUAAAGGAUUAAAGAGUUUGUUCAAGAGUAGAAAGGACAGAGAGAAAUUUAGAGAGGAAAUGAAAGGGGUUAGAGCUGGUUUAAGUGAAGACGUGUCCUCCAAUGCUGAUGUAAAAAUGUCCAGGAGGAACAAGAGGUUAGGGUUGGAGUGACAACAAAAGGUUGUAGAACUGGGGAAAGGGAGAGGGGUUAGAGAUUACAGAAGGAUGGAAGAGUAGGGUUGAGGAUAGAGGCUUUUAUAUAGAACCACAUGCAGUUGGAUCGUGAAACCACACCAUUGAUGUUAUGAACCAAAACUUGGAGCAACUCAGGUCAGGCAGCAUUUAUGGAGGAAAUGAACAGACGCCAUUUUAAUUUGGGACUCUUCUUCAGCGGUCCGAUUCAUGCUCACAAUUCCAGUAUCUGCAGUCACUUGUGCCCUCAUUGAUUCAAUGUAAUGGUUUUGUUGUUUUCUUUGUGUGUCCCACUAUGGUCCAAUAAAGUACCUUUCCCUCCGUGA